ACAAAAAUCCAUACAGUCAGGUGACGAGCCCUUGUGACAGCUCCCAUUUCUCAAAAAAUACCAUAAAAAUAAGAAAAAAACACAGAAAAAUGGCUUUACACGCGGCUGUUAAGGGAAAAUUGAUCAGCGUCAUCGGAGAUGAGGACACAUGUGUUGGCUUCCUGUUGGGAGGGAUUGGUGAAAUCAACAAAAACAGACACCCAAACUUCAUGGUAGUUGACAAGAACACACCGGUCAGCGAAAUUGAGGAGUGCUUCAAGCGGUUCAUCAAGCGCGAUGACAUCGAUAUCAUUCUGAUCAACCAGAACAUUGCUGAGAUGAUCCGACACGUGAUCGACUCGCACAUCGCGCCGGUGCCCGCCGUGCUCGAGAUCCCCUCCAAGGAUCACCCGUAUGAUGCUAGCAAGGACUCCAUCCUGCGUCGUGCUAAGGGCAUGUUCAACCCCGAAGACUUGGUACGCUAAAUGUAAUUUAUUGCAUGAUAUCGUUGUCGGUGCAUCAGACGGCACGUGUACAUACGCCAGCUACCCAAAAAUAACUAACCAAUAAUGUGUUAUCAUCCCACAUUACAGAUUUCAGUGUGCAAUUUUACCUAACUAAAGCAGUUUAACUAAAACAUUCCACAUACCAGAAAUAUUUUAACUGUUACAGCUACGCCGUUAUUUAAUUAUGAUAAAUUAUUACAAUAUUGUGUAAGGUUGGAAUUCCAGUAAAGUCAGGCUCGCGCCAUGUUGAGAUUGUAUCAAAAAUAUAUUUUUAAAGUUCAGGCAAAAACACUUUAGGCCAUUAUAAAUUAUUCAAAUACGACUUUAGUGCAGUUCCACCCUAAUCUACAGAGUAUUAAUCUUGUAUAGAUUUGUUGAACUUGUAUUAUAGAAUAUAAAAUACCA